CACUAUGGGUCAGCGUUACUUAAUUACUUUAUGUGCUCUGAUGCUCGUCUCGGUGGGCUACUGUCAAACUGAAACGGAGCCACCAACGACUGUGACGACCAAGGCUCCGACUACCACCACUGUGGUGACAUCCACCACCACCACGACUUGGGAGACGGAGACCCUGAAUGAGGGCCAGGCGAUACAGAAGGCGCUGCAGUAUCUGCUGCAGCACCGCCAGCCUGACUGGGGCUGGGGUAACGAUACGCACCAUGUGAUGCUGACACUGCAGUUGGCAAAUAACACUGGUAAGGAGAUUGAGCAGCAGGGCCUGGAGAUGCAGCUCUCAGCGAAGCAGAUGGAGAUCGAGAUUCUGCUCAUGAUGUCCAAACACCACGAAUCUCCUCCUCCAUUGGGGCGCCUCGCUGCAUACACACUGGCCCUCGGAGCUCUCUGCAAGGACCCUCGGUCCUUCCACGGCCGCGACCUGGUGGCUGCCCUCCUGCAUCGUGAGCCUCCUCAUGACCUUGAGUUCGCCUAUGCGACCCUGGCUGCCUGUUCUUCAGCAGCUCAUGUUCGGCGCCGUCAUAUUAGGAGGCUCCUGGACAUUGCAAACGCUGCUUCUGACCACAGUCUUGACACGAUCUCAAUGGUGAUAUUGGCGCUGCGCUGUGUGGUGCAGGACCACCGACACCGUAGUCUCAUUCACUUUGUGCGCCGCCCCAUGGCUGGACUCGCAAGGCAACAACACACUGAUGGGAGCUUCGGUACCCUCACCACCACCGCCUUGGCUAUUCAGGCCUUGGAAGAUUCUGAAUCAGGACCCGGAGCGCACCAGCACUGGAGCUUCCCAGCGGCGCGCAAGUGGUUGGUGGAGAGGCAGCGAAGUGACGGCGGCUGGGGCGACGUGGCCAGCACUGCUGCAGCUGUGGCCGCUCUCACACCCGCCUCACUAGCUGCUGUCCGCCCGCCACACUGCGCCGACAAACUCCUUGACAAUCGUCACGAACCUUUAGAUAGCAACGGGGGUGAUGGCACUCUUAAGCUGGCCUACCAGUCAGGCAGCACCAGCAACGAAUCCGAUGCACGCAACGUAUCCUUUACUUACACGCUGUGGGUUGGCACUAACGUCACUGAGACCUACACCCUGCGCAUGGUUGCUCCUAGGAAUAUAUCAUUCUUCCACGUGAUGCAAAUGGCGGCGAAAAUAUUACCGAAGUUCAAGUUUGAGGCGAGCGAGUGGCCUAAUGGUCAUUAUGUGCACACGAUCGGGGGUCACAAGGAGGAACCCAUGGGUUACCACUACUGGCUGCUUUACCGUCUGCCCGAGAAGCCUGACCCCGCCAGCCCUCCUGGCAACCAGCUCGUCGCACCAGUCGGUGUGGACGACUUAUUGGUUGAGGAAGGAGAACAUUAUCUGUUCUGGUAUAAGAAGUUGUAAAUCUUCCAUUGAUAUCGCUCCCACCAGUUACCACUUUUAUUAUAUACCUUCUACCAUCGUAUGAUACCUUCGUUCCAUCUUCUCUAUUAUUUAAUCUUUCAAAGUUUCUGUUUAAUCUGUCUCAAACUUAGAUGUAAGAUUCAGUCAUAUAUCGUACGUAUUUCAAUAGGAAUAAUAGUUUUAGGAGCAUAUUUAUCAAACGAUUGUACCUUUAAUAUUAAUCUCUGACUAUUUUAAACUUUCACGAUUUAGCUGUGGUCAAUUUUCUAAUGUUACUAGAAAAUUUUGAUUUCUUUACUGAGCAUACCAAAGAUAAAGUAUACAUAGAAACAUUUAUAGAUAUUCUUAACUUUCAUGAUGUUACGUACCAGUUUCUUAAUGGAGGUACUCAUAAAUGGUCCCAUUAUAGCACCCUGGGGAACCCUUACUUUGUCAGUGAAAUGUUCGUGUGGCCUUUAUUAUCUGAAGCUGACCACAUAGGUAUAGUAGGUCCCAUGACGGACAUUCAAUUAAAUGUUUACUUAGUAAAGCAUUACACAUAUUUUAUAAACAUUCUGUAAUCAUAAUCAAUAAUAAUAUCAUUAGCAAACGUUAUCUAAGGUUUCCAUAUCUCAAUAAAGAUACUGUUUUUGUCGGCAAUACUUUGCAUGUGUUAGUUAGCAUGUACGAUAGCAUUUAGAACAACGUUAAGAUUCAUGUUAAAGUAAGCAAUUCUCAAUUUAAAACUUUUUUAAUACCUAAACAUCGAGUUAAUGUAAAAUUGAACAAUAUAAAUAAUAUAAUUUAUCAGGACAUGCUGGCAAAUAUUACGUAACUUGAACAGUCUUCGUUACAAUAUUGUUGAUCGAAGAAAAUCUAAUUUAUUAUCAAGUUUUUCAUAAAUUGACAAAAGUAUGAAUAUUUGGUCAUAUUUCCAUUAACUCGAUGUCGAUUAUAAUUCUAGUUACCUACUAUAUUAUACUGUGUAAUCUCGGAAACAAUAGAUUUUAAAACUAAUCAUUUUAGACGAGACUGAACGCAGUGUUAUCUAAUUCAAGUGCGUUAGAAUAACAUUUUUAUUGUACCUAUUGAAUGGUUCUUAAUAAAGUACGAAAAUACAGUAA